CGGCUCAUCACUAGCAUGGCGGCGUACGAAGCAGGAAUUUCUUCUAUGUGCGGAUGACACCGUCACUGAUGACCGUCCCGUAGCAACGCAGAGCUGUUGCCCAGCGACCCACCGGUGAUCCCAUAGUUCAGCUAGCCAGCUGUGAGCCGCUCGGCAGAAGCAUAUCUCCCCACAGCUGUUGUCUGCUCCUCCUGGCUUGUGUCAGACCUCACAGACUUUGGAUGAAGUGUCAACACCCUGAUGCUCACAGUUGGACCUGUGCCUUUUCUCCACCCGAGGGUCGAACAAGCGAACUAGCGUAGCGAAGUGCUAUCGACCAGCCUCAGAAACAGGAGAAUGGAUCUGUUCGGGAUGUUGUACUUGGACGAACUGUCCCACGGACUGGCAAACUUGUCCAUGUUUCCUUACUUUGAUAUGGCGCAUUAUAUCGUGUCAGUGAUGGCUCUGAGGGAGCAGCCAGGAGUUCUAGAUGUGUCCAGAGUCAGCCCCUUGGCCUGUUGGUUCAGCUCCAUGCUCUACUGCUUCGGGGGAGCAGUGCUGUCAGGGAUCAUGCUGGCCGAGCCGCCGGUAGCACCUUUGUCCAACGGCACCAGUGUUCUGCUCGCAUCAACCAUCUGGUACCUCGUCUUUUAUUGCCCCAUGGACGUGGUCUACAGCUGCGCGGCUCUGCUGCCCCUCAGGUUGGUGCUGUCAGGAAUGAAGGAGGUGACCAGGACAUGGAAGGUCCUUGGAGGUGUCACUCAAGCACGCAGCAAAUAUAAGGACAGCCUGUUGGUUAUGAUUGCCAUUGGGUGGGCGAGAGGUGCUGGAGGUGGCCUCAUAAGUAACUUUGAGCAGCUUGUCCGGGGUGUUUGGAAGCCAGAAACCAAUGAGCUCCUUAAAAUGUCCUACCCCACAAAGGUCACCCUGAUGGGGGCGGUGCUGUUUGCUCUCCAGCAGACUCACUACCUGCCUCUGCAGAAACACCACCUGAUGCUCUUCUACACCAUCUUUAUCGUUGUCAGCAAGUCACGGAUGAUGCUGACAGGCUCUUCCUCCUCACCCUUCUCCCCCAUCGAGUCGGCCCUCUACAAGACGCUCUUCACAGGCCAUUCCCCGUACGCUGCUCUGACCGGAGAGGUACAGAAAGCAGGCAAGGAAAACGGCAUAUCAAACAGAACCGCCUGUCAUGCCACAACCAAAGAGUCUAAGGAGAACGGAUCAUCGGGACAGAAGAACGCUUCACCUGUUGAAGGUGUAGAAAGCUCGCUCAAAGCCAAAGAGGAGUCAGAGGCUGAAGCCUCCAAAAAGACCAACUAGGCAGCCUUUGCUCUGUAGCACCUUUUUAUCUGAAUCCUUAAUGAUUCAGAUUUAUCAUAUUAAAUGAUGACCUGAACUUUCUGUUCUGUUUUUCUCCUUUUGAGAAGAAAUAUGUUUUGUUGUAGUGCCUGAAAAAAUUUUUUUUCCAAAAAGUUUCUUCUGUAUUUCUCAGGAUUUAAAGUUUGUAAGAACAAAAGUUCAACAAGAGAUUAAUAAUUACCCCCUUCUUAAAGCACCAGGAAAUGCAUGCUGUCGGAUGUGAAUGCUGUCCUUUGGCUGAUUGCACACUUACAGUAUAAAUGCAACUACUGUUAUUUUAAAAUAAUUAUUUUUUAAAUGAACUGUUUAUAUUCCAGAGCUUUGGGACCAAUGCUGUACACCUGCUGAAUAUUUCUGUAUAUUGUGCUCCAUGUAAAGGCUGCAUUUUUAACAAUUUCUCAGAAAAAUUAUAUUUGAUCACACUCAAAUGUUUUAUUAUAUUUAUACUAAACGGCACCGUUGAAUGUAAUAUAUUGAGAAAUGCAUUGCAGUCAUAUUUCUCUGGCUAAAAUGUAAUCUAAGCGCAUGAGAAUAAACAGGUUUAAAUAAGCUGAA